AUGGAGAAGCUUUUUGUGAUUGUCCUCUCCCUUACCUUACUGACUUGCUUCACAGGGUCCUCCCCGAUUCUGACGGAAAAGCAGGCCAAGCAGCUCCUCAGGUCCCGACGCCAGGACAGGCCCAGCAAACCCGGCUUCCCUGACGAGCCCAUGCGGGAAUACAUGCACCAUCUGCUUCGCCUGGAGCACCGCGCCGAGGAGCAGUUCCUGGAGCACUGGCUGAACCCUUACUGCAAGCCCCACUGUGACAGGAACAUGGUCCAUCCCGUGUGA